AUUAGAACACGUCGUGUCAUUGCUAUACGUAGUACCACCUAGGUAGGUCUUUCAUGUUAUCUGCAAUCAUUAGAUUAUCAAGAAUUUUGAAUCUCGAAUCAACUUGCAUCUCUUUCUCGUGCAAAUGGAAAAUAAUUUGUCCAGCAAGUUCGAUCGUUUAGACCUGAAUACUAGUGAGUCGUGUAGUGAUAGUGAAAUUCGUCGUACUUCUACUUGUACCAAAAGCACUAUGCCCGUUCCAAUGAGCGAAGCUUUAAUGAAAUCUUCCGGCGUUCUGAAGCUGGAUACAAAUGAGAAACAGUGCAAAUUCGUUAUCCUAAGGCUGCUCUCGAAUGGUUUUAGAAUCAAUCUUGACCAUCAACCUUUUGUCAACGAAAACGCAUUUCAACGAAACGACUACAAAUUUCAAGUCAAUGGCAACUGGUUCUCGUUGUUUUUAAAUGACAAGUUCGUUGGUUUACAUAAAGAAAUAGACGAUUCUUCCGAUGUAGUUCUGUUCGACGAAUUCAAACUCGGCUAUGAAAAGAACGGAGAUGAGUUGGUCGAGACCGCCGGAACGAUAAAAGUUGUGUGCGGAUUGUUAGUGAGACUAUUGAAAGGAUUCGGAGGAUUAAUACUACCGCCGAAGUCAAAUGUCUGAAUUGAGAAGAAGAUAGUAAUUUUUUGAAGAUAUCGAUUAUACAUAUUUGUCCUACCUUCAUAUUGUACUAGGUUCUAUACACUGAAUAAUAGUAUGCUGUACAAAAUAUACUCCGAUAGUUCUUCGUUCA